UAAACACUCUGUGCGGGAUGGCAAACUAUUUAAGGUAAGUGCGUGUUUUGUUUCUGCCCGGACUUUUUUUAUGUUGGCGUUUUGUGUUUCCGCUCCAGUGGCGUGGUGAGGAACUCGACAGUGACGAAAUGCAGGACCCCAACGAGGACACAGAGUGGAAUGACAUCCUGAGGAAGAAAGGUAUUCUCCCCCCAAAGGAGGUCCCUAAAGACGAUGAAGAGGAGGAAGAGUUGGCUCUCCAGCAGCAGUCUGUCGUGAAAACGUACGAGAACAUGACACUGGAGGAGCUGGAGGAGAACGAAGACGAGUUCGAAGAAGACGACGAGGCCGCGAUUGAGAUGUACAGACAGAAGCGGUUGGCUGAGUGGAAGACGACACAGAUGAAGAAUGUGUUCGGGGAAGUGAUGGAGAUCUCCGGUCAGGAUUACGUCAACGAAGUCAACAAAGCGGGAGAUGGCAUCUGGGUCGUGCUGCACCUCUACAAGCAAGGCAUCCCUCUGUGCGCCCUGAUCAACCAGCACCUGAGCGCGCUGGCCCGCAAGUUCCCUCAGACCAAGUUCCUGAAGUCCAUCUCCACCACCUGCAUCGCCAACUACCCCGACAAAAACCUGCCGACUGUCUUCGUCUACUGCGACGGCAACAUGAAGGCGCAGUUCAUUGGGCCCCUCGUCUUUGGCGGCAUGAACCUGACGCUAGAAGAGCUGGAGUGGAGGCUGUCCGAGUCGGGGGCGGUCAAGACGGAUCUGGAGGAGAACCCCCACAAGCAAAUCUACAACCACAUGAUGUCGUCCAUCAGGUGCUCGGUCCCGACGCGCAACCACAGCGAUGACUCUGAUGAAGAUUAAGACCUCCGCUCCAAACCCUUCUUUUUUUCUAACAAGACUUUUCAUACCUUAUUAUUUAAGUCCACUUUCCAAAAUAUCGGCCGGGUAAACAAUCAUGUGCUCACGCAAAUCGACAUUAAACUCGUUUUUAUCAA